AUGGAUUCUUUAAUACUUGACUCAUCCAACAGCACGUCUAUCGACGAAACAACUUUACAAUCGACGUCCAUUCGUGAUAAUGCCCAUUCAGUACCUGAAGAUGAUCUUGAGUUCGAAACAUACAUGCUAUUACGAGCUACUGCCGAAGAAAUAAUCCCAUUAGCGUCUCCAAAUAAGGUGUCUUAUAUCGAAAACAGGAAAAACAUCCACGCAACGUAUUUCCAAGAAAACGAGAAUAUUCGAAAUCUCAAUAAACUCAAUCGAGUCAAAGUAUUUACAUCAGAGCAAUUACGUUCGUUGAAAUGUCAGGCUCGUAAAGAAGAACAAAAGAGAGCCAUUGUCGACACGAAAGAGGAUAGUGAUGAUGAUCUUAUUGUUGACUACAGCGAACCACCAAAGAUAUCGACUACGCUGUUAGCACAUAAACCCUUUUCAAAAAAGACUGUAUAUUCCGACAAGGAAUUCUGGGAAGAGUUGCGACAGAGAUCUGCGUUAAAAACCAUACAAGAGGUACAAGAACGACAGAUGAGGAAACUGGCUUCAGCUUCACUUAGGGAGACAAUUGAGAAGGAAAUGAGAACGGCAUCAGCAAAUGAUUUAAAUCAGACGAACAAUGACGGGAUUAUCUCGGACUCGGACGAGGAUUAUGUUGAAACAAUUUACAGUGACGAUGACGGCGAUGACGCAGCCGAGCAUGAUCGCUCGAUUACUGAACAAGAUUCCGAUAACGGCCUCGGAUCUUUGAUAAAUUCACCCAAGAUGGAUACUGUUCAUAAACAAUCUCAACCUCAUUCCGAAUACGUGGAUAUUGAAGCCGUUGUGAGUGAAGACGAAUUCUUUGAUGCUGGUGGCUCAGACAAGGAAUAUUCUGGUGAUGAUGAGAACAUGAAUGAGUUUAUAGUAAGAACAAAAAGUCGAGGUAAUGCAUCGAAAGCGAGGGCAUACUGGGGGCAAAUCGAGCUGGAAGAAGACGUUCAACAAAUCAAUAAAUUGCAUAUGGAUAUCAAAUCUGGCGCGUUAAAGAAACGGCGAAGGGAUGAAGAUAAUCUUGGUGACUUAUUUAGCAGCGAUGAUGACAGUGUAUAUGGGCGACGCGAUCGUCGUAGGCACCGUUAUUCAGACUCUGAUAGCGAGGAGAGCUAUCAUGUCCUAUCUGCUUCGGAAGAUGAUCAAAGUGCGUCACAUACAAACAGGGUUACUAUGGAUCUCGACCUUGACCUUGAUUACGAACAUUCGGAUGUCGAAGUAGAAGCAAGUAAAUCGUUCUCACAAUCAGCUAAUAUUAUGACUUGUGACGAAAUUCUUGACUUGGUCAAUGAGUCUUACGUCGAGCAUUGCGAAGUUGAUGUAUUAUGA